CGGCUCCCGAUUGACACUCUUCCUCCUCGCAUCUCCUGGGUUUCCUGCGCUGCUCCUGCUGCCGGAGCGAGACAGCUGCUGUUGCUUUCUUCUUGAAAGCGUUUGGCACAGCCAGAAGGUGGAAGCUCUCAGGCACCGUUUCGAGAAGUUGUUAGGGCUUGUUGAAGGACUUGUUUAAGUUUUUAUUUGGGUUUUCCAAACCCUGUCUGUCUUCAUUUGCUCACUGUGAAGGGCUCUCCGAGUUUUAUCUUGAACCCGCUGAACCCAAUCAUGGUGAUGUUCAAGAAGAUCAAGUCUUUUGAGGUGGUCUUCAACGACCCGGAAAAGGUGUACGGCAGCGGGGAGAAGGUGGCCGGCCGGGUGAUAGUGGAAGUGUGUGAAGUGACGCGGAUCAAAGCCGUCAGGAUCCUGGCGUGCGGAGUAGCCAAGGUCCUGUGGAUGCAAGGGUCGCAGCAGUGCAAACAGACCUUGGACUACCUGCGCUAUGAAGACACGCUUCUCUUAGAAGACCAGCCAACAGGUGAGAACGAGAUGGUGAUCAUGAGACCUGGAAACAAAUACGAGUACAAGUUUGGCUUUGAACUUCCUCAAGGGCCUCUGGGAACAUCCUUCAAAGGAAAGUAUGGUUGUGUCGAUUACUGGGUGAAGGCUUUCCUUGAUCGCCCCAGCCAGCCGACUCAGGAGGCAAAGAAAAACUUUGAAGUGAUGGAUCUAGUGGAUGUCAAUACCCCUGAUUUAAUGGCACCCGUAUCAGCUAAAAAGGAGAAGAAAGUUUCCUGCAUGUUCAUCCCUGAUGGGCGUGUGUCUGUCUCUGCUCGAAUCGACAGGAAAGGGUUCUGUGAAGGUGAUGACAUUUCCAUCCAUGCCGACUUCGAGAACACGUGUUCCCGGAUUGUAGUCCCCAAAGCAGCCAUUGUGGCUCGACACACUUACCUUGCCAACGGCCAGACCAAAGUGUUAACUCAGAAGCUGUCCUCCGUCAGAGGCAAUCACAUCAUCUCGGGGUCCUGUGCAUCAUGGCGAGGCAAGAGCCUCCGUGUGCAGAAGAUCAGACCAUCCAUCCUGGGCUGCCACAUCCUGCGCGUGGAGUACUCCUUGCUGAUCUAUGUCAGUGUCCCGGGCUCCAAGAAAGUCAUCCUGGACCUUCCCCUGGUGAUUGGCAGCAGGUCAGGUCUGAGCAGCAGGACCUCCAGCAUGGCCAGCCGAACGAGCUCUGAGAUGAGCUGGAUAGAUCUAAACAUCCCAGAUACCCCAGAAGCUCCUCCUUGCUAUAUGGACAUAAUUCCUGAAGACCACCGGUUAGAGAGCCCCACCACUCCCCUGCUAGAAGACAUGGACGGUGCUCAGGACAGCCCUAUCUUUAUGUAUGCCCCCGAGUUCCAGUUCAUGCCCCCACCCACCUACACUGAGGUGGACCCCUGCACGGUUAACAACAACAACGACAACGUGCAGUGAGCUGUGGGAGAAGAGAUGUGUCUGUACUCACUCCUUUCUUUCCCUCUCUGCUUGGACGCCAGUGUUUCAGAGACUUAGUCUGGAGUGGAGAACGGGUCCAUCCAGCCCCUGACUCCACAGCUGGGUGCUGAUCAGCAAGCCAGUCCCGUCUUCAAGUGGCGCAGACGCAGCCCCUGCCCGUGCUGUGGUAUAGGAGCGUUUGCUGGGUGGAUAGAAGAACACUCUAGAAAAAUUCAGAACCGGUCCACUUUCUCUCAGAUCUUGGAAAUGAAGACAUUGUCGGCAGUUUUUGAGUCUGUAAACGACCUUCUGGCAUGGUCUUUCCAAGGUUUUUUUGUUGUUUGGAGGAGUUCUAGAUUAACAGCAGACCAUGAACUUCUGUGCCCUGGGGGACAGAAUUAGUUUCACAUACUAGAAAAAGGAAAAUCAUGGCCAAAUUUUGGAAAAGGUGUUUUUUAUUAUUUUUAUCAGUGUUCCCUUUUUAUGUCCUUAAAAGGAAAAGGAAAAUCUUGUAAGGCUGGUGUGGUUUAGGUUGGGAGAUGGUGGGCACCCUGUGACUUCCAGGGCAGCUGCUCCAGUGAACUUUACCCUGGGCUCAGCAGUUGUGGCUGCGCCCACCAACAGCCAUAAAAGCCAUUUUACAGCCGGGUGCACUGUGUUCUCCUGUAAACUUAGCUGGGAAAAUCUGUUGUUUGUGUGACUCCUUGGAAUUGAUUCUAAGGUGAUGUUCUUAGCACUUUAGUUCCUGUCAGUUUUGUGUUAUCUCGAUUGCAGAUGUAAACUCUACUAGCAUGUGUCUUAAGGGUUAAUCCCAAUGACAGGGAAAAAGGGUUUGUUUUUUUUGAGACAGGGUCUCUAGCCUCUGUUAGCCUGGAACUCUACAUAGACCAGACUGGUCUCAGAGAUCCUCUGUCUCUGCCUCCUGAGCGCUGAGAUUGGAGACUCAGCUUGGUUAUUUGAGACUUUGUCCCAGUGUGCAGAGUUGUGUGAUUCUGAUUUGGAUAUGAAGGGUUGCCGCCCUGUGUGUAAGCCUCUGCAUCGAGAUGCCCCAGCACUGAUCAGGGCCUCCUGGCAUUGCAAUGAGAAUUGCAGGGUUUCACGAAAGCCCCAAUCCCAUUUUCUGUCCAGUGUUAGGAGAAAGGACUCUAAACUGCUCUCCCUGUGGCCACUGGUUGCGCUCGGCCAUAGCACUUUGUCUGCUGUCCUGUGUCCGCACUGAGUUCCAGUCUUCCCUGAGAACUAUGCAUUCAGGAAGCAUGUGAGCUGAUGGUGGUUUCACUUUUGUUGUUUUUGUAUUUUGUGUAUCCUUUUUGUAUGACAAAAACUAUAUUUUGUACUUACCCAAAUAUAUUUUCACCCCAAGGUGGGGAUAUCCUUUGUAAAAAAUAAAAUAAAAAGUUUUUUAAUGACA